CACAAAACCUGGCAAGUGCACAGAUCUCAGGAUCGUGAUGGUGGGGAAAACUGGAGCUGGAAAGAGUGCAUCAGGAAACACCAUCCUGGGACAGAAAACUUUUAAAGAAGAAAUUUCUACUGAAUCUGUGACUUUGAAAUGCCAAAGGCAUCAGCAGACAGUAGAAGGUAGAAACAUCUCAGUGAUCGACACUCCAGGACUGUCUGAUACAUCAAUCAGUGAAGAACAACUGAAGAAGGAAUUAGUGAAGUGUGUAGAAAUGUCUGCUCCUGGUCCUCAUGUGUUUCUGCUGGUCAUCAGACUGGACGUGAGAUUCACAGACGAAGAGAAAAACACAGUCAAGUGGAUUCAGAAGAACUUUGGAGAAGAAGCUGCAAGUUACACCAUCGUUCUGUUCACUAGAGGAGAUCAGUUAGAAAUAACCAUAGAAAAGUUUCUGACCAAAAACAAGCAGAUUGGAGAGCUAGUUAAACAGUGUAAAGGAGGUUAUCAUGUGUUCAAUAACAAAAAAAAAGACAAACGAUCACAGGUCACUGAACUGCUGGAGAAGAUCGACAGAAUGGUGAAGGAGAAUGGAGGAGAGCAUUACAUUAAUGAGAUGUACCAGGAAGCUCAGAUAAAAAUCUGGGAAGAAGAGAAAAAGAAGAGAGAAGAAGAGGAGAGACAGAAGUUGAAAGAGCGGGAAAAGAUAAGAGAAGAGGAAAGAAAUAGGCUGGUGAAUAAGGUGGCCUUAAUGGGAACAGGUGUAGUAGUGGGUGCAGGAGCUGCAGCAGCAGUUGCAGUUGGUGGAGGGACACUUGGUCCAGUUUUGAUCUCAGGAGCAGCAGCUGCAGGAGGCGCAGCUCUGACCUCUGUUGUUAAAGGAGAGACACUAUCUGAAGCUUUAAUGGCAGGAGCAGCGGCUGCUGGAAAUGCAGCACUGAAAUCUGUUACUGGUGGAGCAUCAAUACCUGCAGCUUUAAUGGGAGGGAGGAGCAAAUAA